AAGUCCACAGUAGACAUUUCCCACUAUAGUGCCAAGCUGCAAAGUCGAAAUUGGCACAAAUCGUGAAAAUGUAUGAAGACGUCAAUUCGCUUUUUGCUCUUCAUUUAAGAGUAGGUCAGACACACGUUUAGGAGUAUGGUUAAUGUUAAGCGUCGGUUUUGAAAUCCGAUUUUUAAAGAAGAUAAAUUGUAGAACUUCCGGGUUUUGCAGCUUGGCCAUAUAGUGACAACCCCUCAGACAGGCCAGCGGUGUGUUGUCCGUUUCUCUCGUCUCACUGAGUUGUGUUCACAGCUAAUGCACGGACACGGACCGGACCGCCCGUCUGCCAGUGGGUUGACCAUCUGCGUUACUUUGUUGUCCCUGCUACUUUUUACAGCCUGAGUAGCAUAGCCCCCCAUCCCUCCCUACAUCCCUCCCUCCUAGACAAGGUGUGUCAGUCGGGCGUGUCCUCUCUCUCUCUCUCCUCCAAUCAGCAAACAGGAGCAGCCAAUCAGAAGCAGCCAUGUCGGGGUUCAAUCUGCUACACCUGAUCACCAAUGCCAAGCCUGUUACUCUGAAGCCAUGUGGGCUCCCUUCAGGAACCUGCCGGACCAAGAAGACAUGGCCCAAGUCCUUCUCUCAGGAGGAGCUGAAGAAACGUCUCUCCCCCAUUCAGUUCCAUGUCACCCAGGAGAAAGGAACAGAGAGUGCCUUCAGAGGGGAAUACACUGAAUAUAAAGAGGAUGGCAUCUACACCUGUGUCGUCUGUGGCUCCCCGCUGUUCAAGUCCGAGACCAAGUUUGACUCUGGAUCAGGUUGGCCUUCCUUCUAUGACCUGGUAAAGGAGGAGUCAGUCACUGUAACAGACGAUUUCGCCUACGGGAUGCACAGAGUUGAGACCAGCUGUAGUCAGUGUGGUUCUCACCUCGGACACCUGUUUGAUGACGGCCCCAGACCCACAGGGAAACGAUACUGCAUCAACUCUGCCUCUCUGGGCUUCCAGUCCGCCUCAGCCUCUAGGCCACCCAGCAACGGAGAUGGGGCUGGGGCUGGGACAGGAGCUGGGGCUGGGACAGGGGCUGGGGCUGGGACAGGGGCUGGGGCUGGGACAGGGGCUAGGGAUGGGGCUGGUGGUGCGGUUGGGGGCAAGACUGAGCUCUGAGUAAAAGGUCUCCUUGGUCUUGGACAGAUUUCAGGAAUACAGGAAGUACAGGCACGGUCACUCACUCCUUAUCCAAACUGGUGGCCUAGGUCCUGGUCGAAAUGUUACGAACAGAACAGAGAACAGCUGGAGAAUAUAGGUUACACAGAACCCGGAAACAUUCAGCCAACUAGGUUACACAGAUCCGAAAACGGUCAGACAACUAGGUUACACAGAACCCGAAAACAGUCAGACAACUACAGUCAGCUCAAUAAGGGGCCAUCGUCACCCCUUAGAAAACAUGUGGAACAUGAUGCCUCUUCUGUGCUCAUGUAGGUUACACACACCCAAACACAGUCGGUCAAACACAGUCCGUCAAAUGACCCCAGUGGCCAUG